AUUGUUCGCUCUUUCUGUCAGUCCAGCACUCCUAUAAGGAGGGGGGUCAAAGUAACAGGGACAGUCUUCUUGGUACAAAAGAGCAUCACGAGCAAAAGAAGCACAAACGGAUAGAUAAAAACUUUCAGCUCCACCUAUUUUGCUCCUGAAGAUCCUUCAGCCCUAGCAGGAUGGAGGACGCCCACACCAAGUCCACUGCGGAAGUCGUAGCCUUCUUCGGCGUUGAUCAGACCACUGGGCUUACACCUGACCAGUUCAAGAAGAACUUGGCCAAGUAUGGCCCCAAUGAACUGCCAGCAGAGGAGGGAAAGUCCCUUUGGGAGCUGGUCAUUGAGCAGUUUGAGGAUCUGCUUGUCCGAAUUCUGCUGCUUGCUGCCUGCAUCUCUUUUGUGCUGGCUUGGUUUGAGGAAGGUGAGGAGACUGUCACAGCCUUUGUUGAGCCAUUUGUCAUUCUGCUCAUCCUCAUCGCCAAUGCCGUUGUUGGUGUAUGGCAGGAGCGUAAUGCUGAGAGUGCCAUCGAGGCUCUGAAGGAGUAUGAGCCCGAGAUGGGCAAAGUCUACCGAUCUGACAGAAAGAGCGUGCAGAGGAUCAAGGCCAGAGAGAUUGUCCCCGGUGACAUCGUUGAGGUUUCCGUUGGUGACAAAGUCCCUGCAGACAUCAGGAUUAUCGCUAUCCGUUCCACCACCCUGCGUGUUGACCAGUCCAUCCUUACCGGUGAGUCUGUCAGUGUUAUCAAGCAUACCGAUCCCGUCCCUGACCUCAGAGCCGUCAACCAGGACAAGAAGAACAUGCUUUUCUCUGGCACCAACAUUGCUGCUGGCAAGGCCAUUGGCGUUUGCAUUGCUACCGGCGUCUCCACCGAGAUCGGCAAGAUCCGUGACCAGAUGGCCGCCACUGAGCAGGAGAAGACCCCUCUGCAGCAGAAGCUGGAUGAGUUUGGCGAGCAGCUCUCCAAAGUCAUCUCUCUGAUUUGCGUCGCCGUCUGGAUGAUCAACAUUGGUCACUUCAACGAUCCCGUCCACGGUGGCUCAUGGAUCCGUGGUGCUGUUUAUUACUUCAAGAUUGCUGUCGCCCUGGCUGUUGCUGCCAUCCCUGAGGGUCUGCCUGCUGUCAUCACUACCUGUCUGGCUCUCGGUACCCGUCGUAUGGCCAAGAAGAAUGCCAUUGUCCGUUCUCUGCCCUCUGUGGAGACUCUGGGCUGCACCUCUGUCAUCUGCUCAGACAAAACUGGCACCCUCACCACCAACCAGAUGUGUGUCACAAAGAUGUUCAUCAUCGACAGAGUGGAUGGUGAUCAUGUGUCCCUGGAGUGCUUUGAUAUCUCUGGCUCCAAAUACACUCCUGAGGGCGAGGUGUCUAAAGGAGGUUCUAAAGUUGACUGCAGUCAGUAUGACGGCCUGGUGGAGCUCGCCACCAUCUGCGCCCUGUGCAAUGACUCCUCUCUUGAUUACAACGAGUCUAAGAAGAUCUAUGAGAAGGUUGGUGAGGCCACUGAAACCGCUCUGUGCUGCCUGGUUGAGAAAAUGAAUGUGUUCAAGACUAAUGUUAGCAACCUGUCCUGUGUGGAGAGAGCCAAUGCUUGCUGCAGUGUUGUGAAGCAGUUGAUGAAGAAGAACUUUACCCUGGAGUUCUCCCGUGACAGGAAGUCCAUGUCUGUGUACUGCACCCCAACCAGAGGAGACAGCGGCAGCAAGAUGUUCGUGAAGGGUGCCCCCGAGGGUGUGAUUGAUAGGUGCGCCUAUGUUCGUGUUGGCUCUGCCCGUGUGCCCCUGACUACCCCCAUUAAGGAGAAGAUCAUGACCAUCAUUAAGGAGUGGGGUACUGGCCGUGACACACUGCGUUGCCUUGCUCUUGCCACUCGUGACACUCCACUGAAGGUCGAGGAGAUGAAACUUGAUGACUCCACCAAGUUUGCUGAAUAUGAGACUGACCUGACCUUCGUCGGCUGCGUUGGUAUGCUGGAUCCCCCUCGUAAAGAAGUCACUGGCUCCAUUCAGCUCUGCAGGGAUGCUGGCAUCCGUGUAAUCAUGAUCACUGGUGACAACAAGGGAACUGCUGUGGCUAUUUGCCGUCGCAUUGGCAUCUUUGGUGAGGAUGAGGAUGUUAGUGGAAGAGCCUACACUGGCCGCGAGUUUGAUGAUCUGUCUCGUGCUGAUCAGAGUGAAGCUGUAACCAGGGCCUGCUGCUUUGCCCGUGUCGAGCCUUCCCACAAGUCCAAGAUUGUUGAGUACCUGCAGGGCUACGAUGAGAUCACUGCCAUGACUGGUGAUGGUGUGAAUGAUGCCCCCGCCUUGAAGAAGGCGGAGAUUGGCAUUGCCAUGGGCUCUGGCACUGCCGUUGCCAAGUCAGCCUCUGAGAUGGUCCUAGCUGAUGACAACUUCUCCUCCAUUGUGGCUGCUGUUGAGGAGGGCAGAGCUAUCUACAACAACAUGAAGCAGUUCAUCCGCUACCUGAUCUCCUCCAACGUUGGCGAGGUUGUCUGUAUCUUCCUUACUGCUGCUCUCGGUCUUCCUGAGGCUCUGAUCCCAGUGCAGCUGCUGUGGGUGAACCUGGUCACUGAUGGUCUGCCAGCCACUGCUUUGGGCUUCAACCCCCCUGAUCUGGACAUCAUGGGCAAACCUCCCCGUUCCCCCAAGGAGCCCCUCAUUUCAGGCUGGCUCUUCUUCAGAUACCUGGCCAUUGGUGGAUAUGUCGGUGCUGCCACUGUUGGUGCUGCUGCCUACUGGUUCCUGUACGAUGACGAGGGUCCAAAGGUGACCUACUAUCAGCUGUCCCACUUUAUGCAGUGCCAUGAUGAAAACGAGGACUUUGUUGGAAUUGAAUGUGAGGUGUUUGAGGCGGCUCCUCCCAUGACCAUGGCCCUGUCUGUACUGGUCACCAUUGAGAUGUGCAACGCCCUUAACAGCUUGUCUGAGAACCAGUCACUUGUCCGCAUGCCUCCAUGGAGCAACGGCUGGCUGUUGGCCGCUAUGACCCUCUCCAUGUCCCUGCACUUCAUGAUCAUCUACGUGGACCCCCUGCCCCUGGUCUUCAAGCUGACCCACUUGAACGUGGAACAGUGGAUCGUAGUGCUGAAGCUGUCCUUCCCCGUCAUCCUCAUUGACGAGGUGUUGAAGUUUGUUGCCCGCAACUACCUGGAGGCCUAAACCAGUUCCCUCCCUCAGUUACCAAGUAACAAAAGCAAGGUAAGAAUUUGUGAAAAUCUUGUGAAAGAAUGAAGGAGGCAAGAGAAGGAGACAACGAAACUAGAGGAGGAGUCGAGAGAUGACAUCGAGCCAGAGAGGAGCCUUUUAUGAGCCCUCCACCACGGGGAGAGAGAACAAAACACAGGAAAAUGAAUGAAAAAAAAUCUAUAAAACUGACUGAUAGAAAAUCUAUUUAAAAAAACUGUUUAUGGAAAUGAUUAAAUUAAUAUAUAGGGAAACGGUUCCAAAUUAGUGCUUGACUGAUGAUUCAUUUUAUUCUUAAACCUAAUAAUAAAUGUAUUAAAGUUACAUUUUUUGUUAAACUUG